AUGGCGGCCGGAUCCGCCCCGCUCCCCGGCUCGGGGCCCGCCCACGGCAGACGGCUACGUGUGCGGGACGCGGCGGUCCUGGCGGAGCAGCGCCGUUCCCCCUCGGGGCGCGUGGCGCCGCCGGCGCAGCGGAGGUCUCUCGGCGGCUCCCGGCGGAGCGGUGGUGCCGGUUUCAGACCUCCGCUCCCGGCCGCACCGUCGCACGGAGCGGACGGAGAAGCGCCGUGCGAUGACAUCGAAGCUCUGAAGGAAAAGGACCGCGCUCUGGACCGGGAGAUCGCGCAGCUGCUGUCCGAGGGGUACAGCGUGGAGGAACUGGAGAAGCACAUCUCCCUGCUCCAUGAGUAUAAUGAAAUUAAAGAUGCUGGACAGAUGCUGCUAGGCAAACUGGCUGUAAUCCGAGGAGUUACUACAAAGCAGCUGUACCCUGAGUAUGACCUGGAGCUUAGUGACUAGCAUGGGACCCGCAGGCUGCCGUGACCUGCAGACAUGACUGUUGCAGGGCCAUUGUGUUUUGGUGUCGUACCCAUUUAGAGCCAACAGAAGCAGCACAUAUGCUGAAUUUCAAGAGAUUUUGUUAGCAGCCACAUUUCUCAGCAGCUUUGGAAUGUGCAAGUUAAGGAUGAUACCAACUCAUUCCUGUUUGUGGGAAAGGGAUGUUGGGAUACUUUCAGUUUACUCUGCUACCUGAGAAACACUAUUUCUAAUCGUCAUUUCUUAAUAGGAAUGGUUGUAAUCCAAGGUUGAUGCUGAAGUUCUUCCCAAUGAGCCUUUGCUUCUCUGCAGCAUCCAAGCUCGAUCUGGGUAUGUUAACCUGCAGGUGGAGCAGCCUCUGGAUGGAUGGAGGAAGUCUGGGAGCAGCAUGUGUGAAGUGACAGCUGCUGUGUCAGGAAAGCCGUGGGGAGAAAAGAGGACCAAAGGCUGAAGUUGUGAUGGUGGUUUGGUUUUGUUAUGAUUGGAUCUGGAGGAGUUUGAGUGUGCAGCAAUUUUGUACUCAACUGCUGUAAUAUCCAGAGGUUUUGUUUCAUUUCUGUAGUAAACAGAACAUUGUGUUGAACUGUCUGACCUGAAUUAAAGCAGCUAUUGCAUCCCUCUGUAAUUCA